UGCUGUAUGUUUACAUAUUUAAGGGGAAUUGCCACUAAUACCACUUUCCUAAUACCACUUUUCAACUUUACACUUUUCAAAUUUACCUUUAAAAUUUUAGUAGGUAAAGUACCAUUAUACCCUUAUUUAAUCAAACAUAAACAUAAGUCUUCUCCCACAAGAAAUUGAAAAUUCAAAAACCCCUAAUCGAGAGAUUGAUUCCGGCGAUCGAGAGAUUCCAACGAGAGAUCGAUUCCGGCGAGAGAGAUCGAUUCCUUCGAGAGAGAUCGAUUCCGGCGAGAGAGAUCGAUUCCGGCGAGAGAGAUUCGAUCCGUCGAGAGAGUUUCGACGACUUCAGCCAUUUUCACCGGCGAGAUUUGAUUAUUCAGGCGACAUUGACGUCCGACGAGAUUUGGCGUAGACUACAAGCUCAAUCGAAUCAAUCUCUCUUCACGAACGUAACAAAGUUAUGGUGUUCGAAAUUUGUUCUAUAUGUGGAGAAUGGAAACUAAUAAAUGGAAUUCACUGGGAUUUCAUAGUGGAUGAUCAACGAGGAUCCUCUCUUAGUAUGAUUCAUGAAGAUAUCAGCUACAAUGAUUUGAUUGUGGCUGUUUUAGAAGAUUUUGGAAUUGAUGGCAACAGAAACAGUGUAAAUCUUAGCUAUGCCUCACCUUCAAAAUUAAACUUUGGUACAAAAGAGCUUCCUCCAGCAUUUAUUAGGAAUGAUCGUCAAGUAACAUCUUAUCUGAGCAAACUUAAGGAGAAUGGAGACCUUCAUCUAUGUGUAACCAUUAAGAGAAGAACUCAAUUAUCACCAAUGAUUAUGUCAAAUAUGAUCCAGCCACGGGGUGGAAAUAGUAAUCAUGAUUUGCCUAUUGCUGGAACUAGUAAUCCGCGUGAGACAGGAACACAAAAAUCACCAUUGAUUAUGUCAAACAUGAUUCAGACACAAGAUGAAAUUUCUAGUACUCAUGAUUCGCCUAUUGCUGGAAGUAGUAAUGUAUUUGAGAGAGGAACAAAAACACACGCGGAGACUGAAUGGAACAGCAUUCAGAGAGUUGACGAAGUCUCUGGUAUACAACAUACUUGUAUUAGCGACAGUCUUAUUUCUCCUUCAAGUGGUCUUGUUAGCAAUAAGAGAGGAUUGGACUCGAUUGGACUUGCUGUAUAUGGGUCUGGAAAGUCAAAAUUGCCAUCUUUCUCCAGUAGACGUGGUAGAGAAAGCAUGGGAGAAGAUAUCUUGUCUCCCAGUUGUGGUGAUGAUGAUGAUUUGUUCUGCGGGAAGUUUUUCAAGGAUAAAAAGGAAAUGAGCACAAAGUUGAGGUUGCAUGCAGUUAGUAAAAGCUUUGAGUUCCACACAGAAUAUUCAGACAAAACACGUUAUGUUCUUAGUUGUGUGGAUGAAAGAUGCAGUUGGAGUUUUCGUGCAAAAUCAGUUAAAGGAUCUCAGAGUUUUUUUGUUCGUCAUUAUGUAUCUAAACAUACUUGUGACACUUCUCUGAGAACUGUUAGUCAUCGGCAAGCUACUGCAAAAUUGUUGGGAACUAUGGUCAGCAAUCAUUAUGAAGGAGGAAAGAUUGGGCUGAAACCUAAACAGAUCAUGGAAAAAGCUAGAAAUGAUCAUGGUGUUGUGAUUACAUAUUCAAAGGCUUGGAGGUCUCAAGAGCACGGCCAAGAUAUAGCUAGGGGUACUCCUGAUGACAGUUAUGAAGCUUUGCCCAGUUGGUUUCACAUGAUAAAAGAAAAGAAUCCAGGUUCUGUGACUUUUAUCGAAGUUGAUGCUGUUGGGAAAUUCAAAUACGCAUUUUUGUCGCUUGGUCCAUCUAUCAGAGGGUUUAAGUUGAUGAGGAAGGUACUUUCUGUUGAUGGUGCCCAUCUGAAAUCAAAGUAUAAAGGGACUCUACUUGCUGCCACAGCACAAGAUGGUAAUUUUCACUUGUAUCCUAUAGCUUUUGCUAUAGUUGAUUCUGAGAAUGAAGCCUCAUGGAGUUGGUUUAUGAAAUGUCUGAAAACCAUCAUUCCUGAUGAAGAGGAUUUGGUUUUUGUCUCUGAUCGUGCGGCCUCUAUUGAAAAAGCUCUUUUACAACAUUAUCCUGUUGCUCACCAUGGAAUCUGCAUCUUUCACUUUCAAAAGAAUGUCCAGGACAAUUUCAAAAGUUCAACACUUGUCCCUUUGGUUGUUGAAGCUGGUUAUGCCUACACCAAAGCUGAUUUCGAUUGCUAUUUUCAAGAGAUUGAGGAGUCCGACAUUGUAUUAGCAGAUUAUCUUCGUAAAGCAGACUUCAGGAAGUGGACCCGAGCUUAUUCUCCUGCUAAUCGCUUCAACAUCAUGACGUCAAACUUGGCCGAAUCUAUAAAUUCUUUGCUGAAAGUGAGUCGUGAGUAUCCAAUUGUCUGUCUUUUUGACACUAUUAGGAUGAUAAUGACUAAGUGGUUCACUGAACGACGUGAGGAAGGAGUUCGUCACAUGCACCCUGUCACUGUCGAAGUGGGGAACAAGAUGAAGGAGCUAUAUGAUUUUACGUCUCGCUUCCUUGAAGUUUCCAAAAUCAAUGAUUCAGAGUUUGAGGUUAAGGGAGAUACAAGAGAUCAAGUGGUGAAUUUUCAAACAAGGCAUUGUUCAUGUUUUGUGUUUGAUAUUGAGAAGUUUCCUUGUGCUCAUGCAAUUGCCGCUGCAAAAUCUGGGAAUAAGCACGAAAAUGAUUAUGUCGAUGAGUUUUUCUCCAAUGAAAGGUUUACACUAGCAUAUUCAGAGAGUGUAUAUCCUGUUGGUGAUAAAACAUAUUGGGAUAUUCCUCCCCAUGUAGCUUCGUUUGUUUGUCGCCCUCCAUCUACACGCUUUCCUAGUGGGAGGAGGAAAAAAAAGAGGAUACCAAGUUCGUGGGAGUAUGGAAAAUAUCGGCCCAUAUCUAAACCAUCACCCAAGGCUUACAAAUGCAGCAGAUGUGGACAGAAAGGACACAACAAAGGUAGUUGUGUAAGGCCUAUUUGAUAACAGAGUAGUAUAAAAACUUGUGUGCAAUUGAUUAUUUUAUAUGAUGUUAUAAGAGAGAAUUGGAAUCGAAUAGAUUUUGGGGAACCUUUUACUAUUACAUUUUAUCGUUUUAUAAUGAUUUAUAAAGUUUACAGGUGUCUAAUAGAAGUUAUGUUCCUUUUAUUUUUACAUCUAUCAUUUUAUAAUGCUUUAUAAAUUUUGCAGGUGUCUAAUAGAAGUUAUGUUAUUUAUUAUACGAAAUGUGUGGUUACAUAAACUACCCUUUAUAAAUCAUUAGGAUUCAGAUUAAUUGUAGAAAUUAUAUGUUCGUUUGAUAUCUUAGCUUACUUGCAUGAACAUAAAUAAAAUAUGUUUCCUUAGCAAAGGUUUAAGGUACAAACCAAAAUAUAUUUUCCUCAUCAUGAAGGAUUAAGGGACAAGCCAAAAGAUGUUCCUCAUUGAAGACAUCAUCAAAAGAUAACACACUAAAACUGAAAAAGUUCCAUAGAUAUUUGUUAAAAGUACUAAAAAACUGAAAGAGCUUCAUUUCUUCAAAUUCGCGAUGCUUCUAAUCGGCAUUUUUAAGAUCUUCCAAAACACUUCCUAUCACAUCAUCAGCUGAAUCUUUCUCAAAUUGUUUCUUUUGUUUUUUCGAUUUGGGGGUGCCAACAUUGUGUUCCUUUAUAAGCAUAACAAUUAAGAAAAUCAGAAAUGAUAAUUGGAUGUAGUCAAUGAAAUUUGAAAGAAUAUUUUAUAAACCAUUAUACAUAGA